AUGGCAGACGACCAGGACCAGACAGUACCAGUACAAACUGUUGAGGAGCCUCUGGAUCUUGUUCGUUUGAGUUUAGAUGAACGCAUUUAUGUCAAGAUGAGGACAGAUCGAGAGUUGCGCGGCCGAUUGCAUGCUUAUGAUCAACAUCUAAACAUGAUACUUGGUGACGUGGAGGAGACAGUGACAACUUCAGAAAUUGAUGAGGAAACUUAUGAAGAGAUUUUUAAGACAACAAAACGGACGAUACCAAUGUUGUUUGUGAGAGGCGAUGGUGUGAUUCUAGUGUCGCCACCCAUGAGGACUGCAACCUAA